CCGCUCGUAUGUAAAUGAGGGCGCGUGACGCGGGACGCAGAUGGACAAGGGAAGAGAGAGAAUGGCCGCUGCCGCCGCUGCUGCCGCCGCCGCCGCCGCCGCUCAGUGCCGGAGCCCUCGGUGCGCGGCGGAGAGGAGGGGAUUCCGGCGGGAACUCGACUCUUGGCGCCACCGCCUCAUGCACUGUGUAGGUUUUGAGAGUAUUUUAGAAGGGCUUUAUGGACCACGGCUACGAAGAGACCUCAGUUUAUUUGAAGACUGUGAACCAGAAGAGCUGACUGACUGGUCUAUGGAUGAAAAAUGUUCAUUUUGUAACCUACAGAGGGAAGCAGUCAGUGAGUGUAUACCAUCUCUUGAUUCUUCACAGUCAACGCCAACAGAGGAGCUGUCAUCUCAGGGCCAGUCCCACACUGAGAAGAUUGAAUGCCAAGCAGAACAUUACCUAAAUGCACUCUUUCGAAAGAAAGAUCUUCCUCAGAACUGUGAUCCUAACAUUCCCUUAGUUGCUCAGGAAUUAAUGAAAAAGAUGAUACGUCAGUUUGCAAUUGAAUACAUUUCAAAAAGUGGUAAAAUUCAAGAAAAUAGAAAUGGUUCUAUUGGAGCGAAUCUCAUAUGUAAAAGUAUCCAGAUGAACCAAGCAGAGAACUGCCUUCAAGAUGAACAAGAAGGCCCCUUAGACCUCACUGUGACUCGAACGCAGGAGCAAGCUGCUCAGCAAGGGGAUGGAGUGUUAGAUCUCUCUACAAAGAAAACCAGCAUAAAAACUGAAGAGUCAUCCAUAUGUGAUCCUGCUUCUGAAAAUGCAGUGGCUGGUUCAACUGUUGAUGCAAAAUCAGAGGAAGCUACUAAAAUGGAAAAAGGAAAAUCAGCACUAAGCAAAGUUUUGGAAUCUUUGUGCAUACAUCACCAUCAACAAGUUUUGGCUAUGUUGAAAUUUCUAGUCCAAGAGCAGAAUGCUGCUUCUCUUUGCUGUUGUAAUUCAUCAUGUGCUAUGUCUUCAGAAUCUCAAAAGCCCCUGUUGGAGGAUGAUUUACAUGGUUUGUUCUGUAACUGUGAAUAUAGACUGGCAGAAAGAGGGUGUUUACAAAAUGAGAGACAAAGCCCUGGUUUAAUGCCUCUGCCAGUCUGUAUUAAAGAAUUACAUUGUUUGUCUUGUCAGACUGUAACUGUUGAGCACAUUAAGACAGUAAUGAAUAGAGGAAUUGAAAGCAGUUAUAACCCACGCAGGUGCUGUUGUGAACAGUUAGCAAAGAUUCACUCGACAAGAACAGCCUUUCACAGUCCUCUUUUGUCAAGGGAAGUUUGUGAUCAUUCAGUCACUAUUAAAGAUGCCUGUAGAUCUCGAAGUCCCUCACCCCCACCAUUAUCACCUGUAGAGACUGGAGGAUUUGAAAAGUGGAAAGAUAUCGUCUCAGAGCUUUCAGCCUUAGAAAAUAACAAACUUGAGACAAGCAUUAACCAGCCUCCAUCUCUCACACCAGCAGAGAUAAACAUUCACAAAUGUGGCCAUGAUGGCAAACUACAUAAAACUAAGAAGUCUGAUAACUCUGAUUCUGUGCUCAUGGAUGCCAGCGGUAGUUAUACUACAAGUCAUGAAAAGAGUGAAACAGCAGUAAUUUUUCAAGAUCUAAUGGAUCGUAUUAAUGAAAAACUAAAAUCAAUAGAAACUACAGAUAUAUCAAACCUCAUAAAAUUAUCUAGCACUGAUUGUGAUUCAGAUAAUGAUUUUAAAUUGGGAAAUUUAAUAACAUCUCUCUUGCACAGUGCAACGGCCAGCGAUUAUAGUUUUAUGGAAUUACUGAUGCAACAUGAUAAAAAGGUAGAAAAUAAAAUUAUUCAGACAAGAUUUCGAAAACGUCAACAAACCUUAUUUGCAAUGCACAACUCUCCUGAUUCACCUGUGAUCAGAAGGCAGUCUUUACAGAUAAAAAGAGAGCUUGCCAGUCUUGAUGAAAACUUUCUGAGAAAAAGGUGCAGUGAAAAAAAUUCAAGAAAAUUAUCAUACAACAAUAAGAUGCUUUCAGUGAACAAAGAAGAAUUCCAGCCUUGUCAAGAGCCUUUUAAAAAUUCUAAAAUCUUUCAAAAUGAAAAUCAUGCAGAAGCACUGUUUUCACCAAAUGAUAUAGCACCAUCACUGCAGGCACCUCUUGGGAGUAUAGAAACUAACUUGGCUUCAGAUCAAUUUUCAGGAAACUUUAAAGCAACUUCAUCUGAGAAAAUGAGCCAAAGAAAAUCACAGGAGAGGUCUACAGCUGAGAAGCUAACUAUACAGAGUAAUAGGGAAAAUAUAAAACUAGAAAAUACUCAGACACUUUUGAGAACUGAUCCUCCUGGUCUUUUGAGCAGAACUAAACGAAAUAUUGUGCCUCCAGGAUGGUAUUCUAUAUAUGUAACAAACAACACUGUUUCCAAAAAAAUUUCUGAGGGCAAAAGAGUAUCAGACUCUGCACACAGAAAAGAUCCAGUCGGAGAUCCAAUUGAAAGUUUACAAAACAUAGACUUAAACCAAAUUGCAAUGAAUUCUAAUUUGCAAGUUGUUGUGGAGCGUUUGGAAGACACAAUAAAUAUGGUUCAAAGAUCUUGGGUUAAUCAAGCAUUGUCUGAAGGCUGUAAAACAUCCAAGAAGUUGAUAGAAACAGAUGAUAAAGACCAAAAUGCUGGGAGAGAUUUAACUUGUACUCUAAGUAGAAUGGCUUGUAAAAAUCAGGGUUUAUCAAAAUCUGUAUUAGCAUGUAGCAAUAAAAGAAGUUAUGGUGUGUCUGUAAUGGAUUUGAACAAGAGACUUGAUACUCUGAAGACAUCACCCACUUUAGAGAGAGGUAGCCUGACAUGCAGUGUUGAGAGUAUGCCAACAAAAUGUGAAGGUACUGAAAGUUCUGUUUCUAACUAUUCUAGUCCUGUCAAACUCAUGUUUUUAUCGGAGAUUAAAAGCAGUGAAGGAGUCAAAUACACUUUAACUUCAGUCAGCACAUCACAGUCAAAUCCUGAUUUUGCUUCUCACAAACAUAAAACCCAUCAGGUAACUGGAAGAAAACGAGAAGCAAAUGAAGACAUACCAAACACUAGCUUGGAAGAUUAUAGUUUUAAUCAUCAUGAUGCUAACCUGCUUCAACAUGAAUUAAAACAAUUUAACUGUAUACAAGAAGCUACACCAUCAUCUACAGAGCUUACUGAUAGUUUAAACAGUGAUAACUCACAAGAAGACCCUAAGGGAAAGUCAAGUAGUGCUAUUGACUUACCAUUUAAAAGAAAGCCAGGUAGACCUAAAAAAAUUGGUCCACAAGUUGUGAAACAGAUUAAACGGCCAAUUGGAAGACCACCAAAACCUAAAGCUGAUCAAACAGAUGUCAGUGUUCGCCAAAAUGAGUCCUUUAGCCCUGGAAAGAAAAGUCCAGAGUCUUUCAUAUCAGAAGUCAAAGAGGGUGUCUGCAGAAAGAGUAUCAUUGUUACUGUUGUUUAUGGAAGGUCAAGAAGAACCAAAAGAUGUGUUUCUGAAGGAAGCGUGAUCACCAGCAACAUCUCAUUGAACAAUGAUGUUGCUGACUUUCCAGUUAACUCUAGUAGUCUUAGAAAUACUAAUGAUCAGGAGAUUGGCUAUGGUGAAAGUCUGAGUGCUGUGUCAAGAUUGACAACUGAAAGUGAGGUUUUUGAUUCUGACUUUGAAUGUGUUAGACCCAUCAAGAGCAAGCCUAUGAUUCCUCAGGCUUCCAAGAACAUUAUUCGACCUAAUCAAAAACCUUUGUCAAUUGUUAGGAAGCCUGGUAGACCUGCAAAAGUGAAAAUCUCUGGUAUAUCUGUAACUGUUAGUAGAAUUUCACCUCAGGAAAGAGAAGUAUGUGUUAGCAGCUGCUUACCUCCUUUAGAACAGGAGACUAUGUUAGAAAAAACUUGCUUAGAAGAAAAGUUUGGUCAACAGUCCAGUAAUGUGGAUAAUAUCAAGCGCACCGAUGCUGACAUAUUUAAGAAUGAAUCAAAUAGUACUGUUGCUUCUAUACCUCUAAAACAUUCGAUUAGGGCUAGAAAACCUUUGCAUUUCUUACAUUCAUUUGCAUCUUCUGGCUCACUUACUUACAAAAAUGCUCUGUGUCAUAAAUCAUGUAAACUCCAUUUGCAGAAAGACCAAAGUCCAAAGAAAAAAUACAGGCAGUCAAGUUUUAGACUAGCUUCCAAAGGAUCUAGACAUUCAAGGAAAGCAAAAAAAUAUUUGGAAGAUAAGAAAUUAAUGCCCAUUCCUGAAGUAUCCUUGGAUCCUGUAAUUUCAUCCAACCCUUUACUCAGGUGGUGGGCUACUUCUGCUUCAAAUGAUUCCUUGUUGAAGGAAUUAAACAAUAGAUUUGAACAAAUAACAAAUGCGUGGGUACAGGUGAGUAGAGAUGAAACUCAGAAUUUUGUUCAUAGAACAGAAUACACUGAAGGUGAUCAUUUCAAAGCAACAAGACCUUUGGAAACCUGUCUUCUAGAACUUGAAGUUUCACCUGUAAAAAUGCUUUUUAAGAAAAAGUAUAAUUUGAAUGAACUUUGUACCUGGUUUAUGCAAACAACAGAAACACAGUCCCUUUCACUAGUUAGAAAAGCAAAUGCUCGAAACCCCUUGGAAGUGAUAAACACCAGGGGCAUUAAGUUAGGAGUGAAAUGUGGGUUUAAUGCUAGUCCCUUCAGGAAGCACUUUAAGAAAUUUGCAGUCUCUUCUCCUUCAAAGUCAGCUGAGAAGUUUCAUAUACUACAGAAAAUGGUUGGUUCACCACUCUUAAAUGUGAAAAGUAAUUUAACACUAGCGAGGUUGAAAAGGUCUGAGUUUAAGAGUUUGCACUGUGAAAGGUGGAGAAGAGAAAAAAGGCCACAGAACAGCCACAGAACAGUUGAUUGGAGCUCAAAAAGAAGGAACUUAAGAUUUUUCUGCCAGAAUCAAUUUUUGACUAACACAGAGAGGCAGACAAAUGCAGAGACACUACUCAGUGGGAAAAGCACAGUAGGUAACCAGUGGGCCUCACUCCCAGAAACCAGAGUUGACAUUUCUAAAGAGAGGGUGGCGGUACAUGACUUCAAAACACAUGCUAGAAUAGAGAAUAAAUUUAAGUCAGAAGCAAGGGAUAAUGGGACAGGGUGUAGCCAGAUUGAGUCUGAAAAGGAACAAAGACUACAAAAUGUGUUUUCCCGAAAUUGGAGGUCAAAAACUUUAAAAGACUGUAGAAUAUUUUUGAGGAAGAUCAACUGUCUUGAACACAGAAAUACUUUUAAGAUAAAUACGGUAAUUUAUCCUUCUGAAUCUGUUGACAGUGGAGGUAAUCAGGCACAACCAGAAGAAUCAAAGCGCUUUAGUUUAAGGUCCCAUUCCUCAAGACAAAAUUCCUUUAAAAAGCAAAGUAAAGAAAGAGAAAAUGCCAGAGCAAGUAAUAGACUCACUGAUGAACUUGACAAUAGCCAGUUAAGUAAGCAUGUUAACUUUGACAAAAAUCCUGAUAAUUCUGAGGCUCUUAUCAAAUUAAACAAAAGAAAAAGACCACCAUGGAAGACCACAGAAAUGUCAGCAAAAAGACAUAAACGACAGUCUUGCAACAAUGGACAAAUGGCAAACUAUUGUACAAAAAUCCCAAGUAGCAUGCUACAAAUGAAAACUGAUGAGAAAGUGGAUUUGUCUGAUGGGAACACAGCAAGCUGCCCACUGAGCCCCAUUAAGAUGUGCCUUAAUCAUCCUAUUGAAUGGAAUCUAACAGCAGCAUCUCUAACAAGCUGUACAGUUCAUAACCAAAAUCUCAAAAAUGAAGAAAAAUAGUCUGCAAUCCUUGCACUACCUUUAUUUUGUAUGUCAAUAUUCUUUCUCAUGAAACCAAUUGAUACUAAAAGAUUUCUAGUCCUGUGAUUUGUCUUUUUAUUA